ACAAGAGAAAAAAAAAAAAAAAAAAGAAGAAGAAGAAGAGAAAGCACCAGAAAUUAACCGGAUAUAGCCAGUAAAAUAGAGCUCGAAAACCGGCUAUCCCAGACACCAUCAAACAUCAAGAAGCAAAAGAAAGAAGGAGGGCCAAUCUUGAGUCUCUCUCUUUCACUCAUUCACUCUUUUAUUAUUAUUAUUAUUAUUCUCAAACACAGAGUUUCAGAAUUUCAGUUCACUUUCCUUAGCUUAGAUCGAUUUCAAUCUCCGAUCGUUUUUUUUUUUCUUUUCCUUUUCCAUUCUCUCUGGAAGAAAAGGAUAAAGAGAGAGGGAGAGGGAGCGAGAAGAAGAAGGCCUGAAAUUUAGAACUCCUAAAAAUUUCCAUAAGAAAUGUGCUGUCAGCUUUUUAUGUUGCUACCAUGUGAAGAGGGUACUCGCUGAAACGACACAGUUUUUCAAAACCAAACUUUUCAAUUCUCUUUCCUUCUCGUUUUUUUAACAAUGCAGAACGGAAUCUUUAUGUUUCGAGGCUGAAAGUGAAACCUCUCUCUCUUUUUUCGUUUAAUUUAUAUUAUAAUUUAUUAUUUUAAUAUACAAAUGAAUGGAUUUAUUUGAAAAAAAAGGUUCAUUUUUUUUUGUUUUUGAUCUCUUGAGUUUUGUUUAGAAAAAGCUCCGAGCUUUGGUCAAAAAGUUCAAGUUUUUUUUACUACAUUUUGAUGGUUGUUGCUUUUCAAUGGGGUUUUGAAGAUACUGAUAAGAGGGUUUUGCGUUUUGAGUGAAAAUUAGUUAGAGUUAUUAGCUUAUAUCUGAGUGAAAGGUUAAUAAUUUUAAAAAAGCCAAGAUCUGUGUUUGUGUUAGCUUCAAAAUUAUGGUUGGUAAAUGUGGUUUAUUAGAAGCGGAAUACCCAUAUGGGGUUUUGAUUUUCAAGCCUUUGUGCUGAUUUGAUGCUUGAGGAUUUUCAGAAAAAAAUGGGGGUCUUAGGGAAUUCUCUUGGUGGGUUGUUCAAUUUUUUAAGGAAGAUUUGAACAAAUUGGGAAGUUGGUAACUUAGCAGAAUUGCUGUGGUGGGCGCUUUUUGACGGAAAGAAGCUAAAGAUCUCUUGCAAAUCAGUGUUAGAAUUGGUUUUAAGGAUGUCCGGAGCUCCAAGAGUAAGGUCAAUGAAUGUAGCUGAUUCUGAGACCAGGCCUGUGUUAGGACCCACUGGAAACAACAAGGCAGGGUCAUUGAGUGCAAAGAAACCUGCCUCCAAGCAAUUGAGAAAGGUUGAGACUUCACCUGAGGCAGUUAAAUUAGGUCAAGAGAAGAAAUUAGUUACUGUACCUACUGCCAGUGCUCUAUCUCCUAAAUCACAUUCUGUUAGUGUUCCUUCUGUGCUUCGUCGGCAUGAGCAGUUGUUGCAUUCAAAUUUAUCACUAAAUGCUUCAUGUUCAUCUGAUGCUUCCACGGAUUCUUUCCACAGCCGAGCAUCUACUGGGAGGUUGACGCGGUCCAAUAGUUUGGGCACUAGGAGGAAGCAAUAUGCUUUAAAGCCCAGAAGUGUUGUUUCCGAUGGGGGUUUAGAAUCUCCACCACCUUCUGAUGGUUCACAGGCCAAGAAGAGCUGUGCCUGGGUGACACCAAAUGCUGAUCCAUGCUAUACUGCUUUCCAUGAUGAAGAAUGGGGAAUUCCAGUACAUGAUGACAAGAAAUUGUUUGAGCUUCUUGUUCUUUCUGGUGCUCUGGCUGAACUUACUUGGCCUGCCAUUCUAAGCAAGAGGCACAUCUUUAGGGAAGUUUUUGCAAAUUUUGAUCCAGUUGUUGUCUCCAAAUUUAAUGAGAAGAAGAUAAUAGCACCUGGAAGUACAGCAAGCUCCUUGUUAUCAGAAAUUAAACUGCGUGCAAUCAUUGAGAAUGCACGUCAAAUAUCAAAGGUCACAGAUGAGUUGGGCUCAUUUGACAAGUAUAUUUGGAGCUUUGUGAAUUACAAGCCUAUAGUUAGCAGAUUCCGGUAUCCUCGCCAGGUUCCUGUCAAAACUCCAAAAGCAGAUGUAAUAAGCAAAGACCUAGUGAGAAGAGGAUUUCGCAGUGUGGGACCCACAGUUGUAUACUCUUUCAUGCAAGUAGCAGGAUUAACAAAUGAUCAUCUCAUUAGUUGCUUCAGAUUUCAAGAGUGUAUAAAUGCAGCAGAAGGGAAAGAAGAGAAUGGUGUUAAGGUUGAAGAUAAAAUUACCGACGGUGUUGUGGAAUCCCAGAUAUCCAUAGCUAUGGAUGAAUUGAGUUUCUCCUCAGAAUGAUAUAUGGUUGCACGCAGAGCACACCAGGUUCAGUCAUCAGUUUAUCCUAGUAACUAGUUCACGGCUAGCAGUGAAAAUGUUUUUGUGUAAAAAAAAUUUCAUGAAUUUGUAUGCAUCAUGAAUUCCCAGAUUGUAGAUUACUAAAAAUGAAUUAAAUCGACUGAUGAUUGUGCUGUUGGUGUAUAAAAAAUCAUGUAUGCAAUUUUUUUGUACA